GCCACUCCUCUGCUCACUGCGACUGCGUACGACGCCCGGUGCGAGUUGAGCGACGACGAUGGCUGGCGUAACAAUGCCGUCGCUGCUCGCCUUCUCAGCCGUCCUCCUCGCGUUCCUGUCUUUCCCCGCCGCGGAGGCCCGCAUCCCGGGCGUGUACACCGGCGGCGACUGGCAGAGCGCGCACGCCACCUUCUACGGCGGCAGCGACGCCUCCGGCACCAUGGGCGGCGCUUGCGGCUACGGCAACCUGUACAGCCAGGGCUACGGCGUGAACAACGCGGCGCUGAGCACGGCGCUCUUCAACUCGGGCCAGAGCUGCGGCGCCUGCUUCGAGAUCCGCUGCGUCAACCAGCCCGGCUGGGCCUACUGCCUCCCGGGCACGCCCUCCAUCCUCGUCACCGCCACCAACUUCUGCCCGCCCAACUACGCGCUGCCCUCCGACGACGGCGGCUGGUGCAACCCGCCCCGGCCGCACUUCGACCUCGCCAUGCCCAUGUUCCUCCACAUGGCGCAGUACCGCGCCGGCAUCGUCCCCGUCACCUACCGCCGGGUGCCGUGCAGGAAGUCCGGCGGCGUCCGCUUCACCGUCAACGGCUUCAGGUACUUCAACCUCGUGCUGAUCACCAACGUGGCGGGGGCCGGCGACGUGGUGCGCGCGAGCGUGAAGGGGUCCAGCACCGGGUGGAUGCCCAUGUCCCGCAACUGGGGCCAGAACUGGCAGUCCAACUCCAUCCUCGUCGGCCAGGCACUCUCCUUCCGCGUCACCACCAGCGACCGCCGCACCUCAACCUCGUGGAACGCCGCGCCGCAGAACUGGCGAUUCGGGCAGACCUUCGAGGGCAAGAACUUCAGGGUCUGAUCCGUCAGCGAUGAUGGCCUUCCUUGCUUCACCUUCCUCCGCCGGCGACAGAGCAGAAGGAUGGAGAAGGGGCAUCUUGCUGUGAUCAUCUUAUAUACUGCUAUAUAGUGAGUAAUUACUACAGAGAUCGAUUCAGUGGUCUGGGUUGGUGAGUUUUUUCGGUCCUUGGUAGCCUGUGAAUGCAUAUGCAACAUGCAAGCAGGUGAACCGUACUAGCAAAAGUCUUGGGGUUUGUUAGGGUAAUCAAACUAUUGCUCCUGUUGGUCACUGUCAUUGCCGGUAGUAGUAUGCAAGUGGGUAAUGGCGAUCGAUGUCCGUCAGAGUGUAGUGGCUGAAGUGGCUGCAGAGCUGCGGCUGAAAAUGGGAGCGGUGAGUGUAGCCCGCAGCUGCUUGUGUCCUGUGCCGUGUCAUCUUAUCUCCCAUGACACGGUACUGUUAUCUAUCAUCAUGGACCUGAUGAUUUAUAUAUAUGUCUUGUCAGUUUGGUGAUC